AUGCUGUCGUGGCGCUCGCCCAGGCACCCCAACGGCAUCCUCAGGAAGUACAAGAUCUUCAUGCGGUCGCUGGACGGGAUGGGGCUGGCCAAGGACGAGUUCGAGGUGCCGCCGUCGCAGAGCCACUACCGCAUCCUGCACCUGCGCCUGCACCACCGCUACGAGUUCUGGGCCGCGGCCAUGACGGCGGCGGGCUUGGGGGCGUCGUCGCGGAGGGUGCGCGCCUGGACCCUGCAGUCGGACCCCGUGCGCGGUGGAGACCGUCUGCAGGUGACCGCCGACGGGGAGCUCCGCCUCGUCGCCGUGCAGGCCUCGGACGCGGGCAACUACACGUGCGCCGUGGAGAACACUGGCGGCAAAGACGCCAUCACGUACUACGUCAGCGUGGACGAGAAUCGCAACAAAGGAGUGCCCACGACGCCGCUGGCGCUGCGGGUGGCCUCAGCGACGGUGUCGUCACUCAGCAUCCAGUGGAAGCCCGGCUCCGGCGUCGCCUCGCCCACAGGCUACUACCUGCACUUCAAACGCGAGUUCGGCGAGUGGGAGAAGACGAAGCUGUCCGUGGACCAGGUGACGACGAAGAACGGCUCGGACAGCGCGCCCGUGUGCACGCACAGCCUGCUGGGCCUACUGUGUGGCACCAAGUACCAGAUCUACGUGUCGGCCUUCAACCAGCUGGGCACGGGGCUGCCCACCGCCAUCCUGCACGCCCGCACGCAGGGCUCGCCGCCGGUGGCCCCGGACGCCGGGCAGCUGCUGCGCGUCAACUCGACGUCCAUCGCGCUGUGGCUGGGCUCCUGGCAGGACGCCGGCUGCCCCAUCAGCUCGCUGGUGCUGGAGUACAAGCUGCGGCACGAGCACGCCUGGACGCUCGUGUCCAACAACGUGCAGGUGGACCGGCAGGAGUACUCGGUGCUGGACCUGAGCCCCGCCACCUGGUACACGCUGCGCAUGACAGCGCACAACAGCGCCGGCUCCACCGUCGUCAACUACGAGUUCGUCACGCUCACCAACUCGGGCGCGACACUGCCGCCGGAGCCGGGCGGCCGCGCCCUGACUUGA